GUACAAUUAGAAGAAGCAGAACAAGCAGCAUUAAAAGGUGGUAAAAAAGUAAUUGCUAAACUUGAACAACGUAUUCAUGAUCUCGAAGCUGAACUUGAUGGUGAACAACAUCGUUAUCAGGAAGCUAAUAAAAAUGUUGCUAAAUCUGAAAGGCGUGUACGCGAAUUACAAUUUCAAGUAGACGAGGAUAAGAAAAAUUACGAACGUUUGCAAGAUCUUGUUGAUAAACUUCAAAGCAAAAUUAAAACACAAAAGAAGCAAUUAGAAGAUGCG